AUGAGUGAGCUCCUCACGUAUCUGCUGAACAACGAGCCUCAGUUCCGCAAAACGCGCCUCCAAGACCUCUACUCAGACUUCGCCGCCGCUCGCUCCAUCAACCCCGACGGCUACACAGCCAACAUAACCGCCUGGCUCACCGGGCUCUCGCACGCCGCUCUCGCCGGGCACGCUCCCUCUCCCGACCACCUCUCCAUCACCAUAUCCCCUGAUCUCGUGCACGCUCUCGAGACGAGAGAAUGGGGCCGUCCGUCUGCGCUGGGCACGGUGGUGAGGGAGGGUAUAAAGAGCCGGCAGUGGAUCGACUACAGAGAGUUCCUAGAGCGGGAAGAGAGCGUUUACAAGAGCAGCUGGGGACUUAAUAUUGGGGGGUAUGUGCCCAGUGUCGGCGACGUCGUGGGGUGGGGACUUCGCCAGCUAGGCUGGACGGGGGGAGAGGAGAAAGUGCGAAAUGGGAGGGUCGUGUUGCUGUCUAAUGUGGAGGAGGUAGGGAAAGGCGUGGUGAAGAAGACGGAGGGUAUUAAAGGGCGGGUGGAACGCAUAUUCUCGCGCGAGGCGUUCCGAGCACGGUACGGCGAAAUGGCGAGGGGAGAGAGGCUUUCAGAGGCGGAUAUGGAUGUCCUGUUGAGGUUUUUGGAGAGAGAUAGGGGAGUGCUGGCUUAUGAUGGGGGCGCCGUCAAGUUGAAGGCUCCGGGGGAGAAGAUGGCAGGUACGAUUACGGCGGAGGAUACAACGAUUGCGGGGUUAAAGACGCUUAUUGGAGAUUUGGAGAGGCAGACUGGCGUCUUAACGACUAGAGUUGAUGAACUUGCUGCAACAGCCAAAGAGGCUGUGGGAAAGAAGAACAGAGUAGCUGCUUUGGCGGCGCUGAGGUCGAAGAAACUGGUUGAGACAACGCUUACGAAACGACAUGCUACAUUGGCGCAACUGGAAGACGUGUUUUCAAAAAUUGAGCAAGCGGCUGAUCAGGUUGAGCUGGUGGGUAUUAUGGAAGCUAGUACGAAAGUUUUGACCGGCCUCAACAAGGAGGUUGGAGGCGUGGAGAGAGUCGACCAUGUGGUUGAUCAGCUGAGAGAGCAGAUGUCACAAGUAGACGAAGUGGGCAAUGUCAUUGCUGAGGCCGGCCAGGGCAACACUGCCGUUGAUGAGGAAGAGGUUGAUGGCGAGUUGGAGGCUAUGGAGAAAGAGGAGCGCGAUAGGGUGGAGGCCACGGAGCGGGCAGAGAGAGAGAAGGAGAAGCAGGAGACGGAUGAGACGAAGCGAAAACUCGAUGCCCUUGAGGAAGCUGAGCGCCGAGCCAAGGAGACAGCUGGGAAGAAACAAGCCGAUGAAGCGCAGCAGGCAUCAGAAGAGGCUAAAUCAGACGAACAGCUCGUCGGCUUGGUCAGACGAGUGUCUCUAGAACCCGAGCCGGCCCAGCUUGCGUAA